UCACUAUUUUUCUACUAGUUAUUUUCUAUGGUUCUCAAACUGGUACUGCUGAAGAUUAUGCUUCAAGACUUGCCAAGGAAUGUGCUCAAAAAUAUGGUGUCAAUUGUAUGACGGCAGAUAUUGAACUUUACGAUCUCACCUAUUUAGAUACUUUACCUGAAGAUGCAUUGGUUUUCUUUGUGAUGGCUACAUAUGGUGAAGGUGAACCGACUGACAAUGCUGUUGACUUUUGGGAACAAUUAGUGACGGAUGAAGAACCACAAUUCUCUGAUGGUGGAGAUCGUUUACCCUCCUUGCGAUAUAUUCUCUUUGGUUUGGGCAAUAAAACAUAUGAACAUUAUAAUGCUGUCGCUCGCAUUUUGGAUAAAAAACUAACGAAACUUGGAGCUAAACGUAUUGGAGAACGUGGUGAAGGUGAUGAUGAUGGAUCUUUGGAAGAAGAUUUUUUGGCUUGGCAAGAAUCCAUGUGGCCUGCCUUCUGUGAAGCUCUUGGUGUAGAUGAAACGAAUGCUCUAUCUGGUCCUAGACAAGCUACUUAUAAUGUAGAAGAAUUACAAUCUUAUGAAAAGGAUGAUGUUUACUUUGGUGAAAUUGGUCCUAAAGUCAAGGCUGGAUCAAAGGUGAUUUACGAUGCCAAACGUCCUUAUAUUGCUCCUAUCACCUCCUAUGAAUUAUUCAAAGGGUCUGAUCGACAUUGUCUACAUAUCGAUAUCGACAUAUCUGGCACCAACCUUAGUUACCAAACAGGUGAUCACGUUGCUAUGUGGCCUACCAAUAAUGAAGAUGAAGUAUUACGAUUGGCUUCCGUUUUGGGUUUGACUGAUAAACUGGAUGCUGUGGUGAUGGUGAAAGCAAUUGAUCCUGCAGCUUCAAAGCAAUAUCCUUUCCCUGUACCUGCGACUUACCGGGCAAUCUUCCGUCAUUAUUUAGAUAUCUGUGCUCCUGUUUCUCGUCAAUCAUUGAUGCCAUUGGUAGAAUAUGCUCCUACUGAAGCCUCAAAGGAAUUUCUCAAGUUAUUAGCUACGGACAAGGAUGAGUACCGAUUGAAGGUGGGUGAAGCUGUACGCAAUUUGGGUCAAGUACUAGAAUUGGUCACUACGAUUGAUAAUCAUGAAAAUACAUCUGGUCUUUUUGCAACUGUACCGUUUGAUCUUAUUGUGGAAUCCAUCUCUCGACUUCAACCUCGUUAUUAUUCCAUUUCAUCCUCGGCCAAGGAAAAACCUACUACUAUUUCUGCCACAUGUGUCACUCUUGCUUAUCAACCUGAACCUACUCCUGACCGCACUGUAUACGGUGUCAACACCAACUUUUUAUAUCGCAUGCAUAUCCAAGGUCAACAACAACCAACUGAUUUACCAACUUAUGAUUUGGCUGGACCUCGUCAAUCUUUCCUCAAUGCUGAUGGUCAAGCAAGCAAAUUACCUAUUCAUGUUCGUCGAUCUCAAUUCAAACUUCCUCGCAAUACGAGUGUUCCUAUCAUCAUGGUUGGACCUGGUACGGGUGUAGCACCUUUCCGUGGUUUUGUCCGUGAACGUGCUGUACAAAAGAAAGAAGGCAAAUCAGUAGGACCUACAGUCCUCUUCUUUGGUAGUCGACAUCCUGAACAAGACUUUUUAUACUCUGAUGAAUGGUCUGAAUUGUUUGAAACCUUAGGUGAUGAAUCACAAUUGAUCACAGCCUUUUCACGCGAAACAGAUCACAAGAUAUACGUUCAACAUCGUUUGGAAGAACAUGGACAAGCAAUGUGGCAAUUAUUGGAAAAAGGGGCUUAUAUCUAUGUGUGUGGUGAUGCAAAGAACAUGGCUCGUGAUGUCAAUCAAACUUUUGUCAACUUGGCUAUGGAAUAUGGCAACAAAUCUGAAGAUAAAGCUUUGGAAUAUGUUAAAUCAUUACGCAACAUUGGUCGUUAUCAAGAAGAUGUUUGGUCUUAGAUGCCUCUAUUAUUCGUGAUAUAAAAAAAAAAAAAAAAAUUCAAUGAUAGAUUUCCCUCCCAUUCUUGAUAUUUAUAUACAUAAUUUUAGUUUAUAUAUCUUUUUUCCCUUCUCAUUGUCUUUUUUUUUUUUUAUAUAUAAUAUCCUUUUGUUUUUUUUUUCUAUAUUUUUAUUUAUUUAUCAUCCUUAUUAUUCAUUGUCAUUUUUAGUUCAAAAUAUAUAGUUUGUUUUUACUUACCCCCCCCCCCCUCCUCUUUUUUUUUU